AUUCCCGAAGAGCUGCUCACCCGGGCUCCCGGCGGUGGACGGAGACGCCGCCCGUCCUGCCCGGGGGCGGAACGGCCGGUAGCUCUUCCCGGCACUGACCCGAGGAGGCCGGCGCGUCCCGCUGGUGUGGGCUUUUCUCCUCCCUGUUCCUGAGGGAGGUGUUCGGCGGCUGCAGUCUUGUGCAGGAAAGGGUGGAUGAAUGAUGAAUCACUUCAUAGUUCUGGCAGUACUGCUCCCCCUGAGGACUUGCUACACUACACAUUCACAGCAAGAAUCCACUGUGUUUCCAGUAACGUACCUUAAUGUUUCCAAGGAAUUGGCUUUUCAGCGGCUGCUGGUGGAAUGGGAUGUUGGCAAGUCAGCACAUGAUGCUGAGCUGGCAAUGUCGUUUGAAAUACAAGUCCGUCGAACAGGUGAAACUACUACUGUGUGGACAGAGUUUCAUAAUGUCACACUAGAUAAAUCAGGAGACCCUCUUCAUUGGAUGUGGGAUUCAGACUUACCUUUGGAGUGUAUGUCACACUCAGUUAGAAUCAGGACCAAAGCAGAAGCAUCAAAAAUCUGGAGUGAGUGGAGUCCGUGGAAGACUGUCUUGGGCCUGGACACUUUGAAUGACAGUGGACCACAAAUCUUUCCAAAUGAAAAAAUUGUAGAGGAAGGCUCUGAUAUCACUCUUUGCUGCAUUGGAAGGAAAGGGCAUGUCAUUGAAGAAUUCUCUCUAUACCCAGCUCCCCAUGUUUUCAACCACACAAACAGUCAAAUUGGACUUCUCACUUUGAAAAAUGUGGCACAUCAAGCAGUACCUCACAUCACAGUCUACUGUCGCGAGUCUUGCACUGAAGAAGAAUGCUAUGACCAUGCAGUUUUAUUUGUGGGCAAACCACCCAAUACACCAAAUGAUUUUUCCUGUGAAACUCAAGACAUGAGGACAGUAACAUGUACUUGGAGCCAAGGAGGAGACACCUACCUUUAUGGAAAUCAUUCACCAAAAUACACCUUGUCUGAAGAGUUUUCCCAAAAUCCGAUUCCAUGCACAGUAACUUGUUCUGAGCAGUGCUCAUGUUCUUGGGAUAUAGGCCAGCAGAGGAUCUAUAAUAUCACAAUGACUGUGGAAAACCCACUAGGCAAGAAAACUGCCAUGGAUGUUUUUGAUGUAACUCACAGAAUUUAUCCUGCUGCACCUUUCCAGCUGUGGGAAGAAUGCAGAGAUACAGAAAUCACAUUAUAUUGGAAAUAUCAAAACAAAGGAUUUGAACUCUUUUGUCAGACUGAAGUGGUCCAACCCGAUGGGAAAGUAGAACUGCAUAAUAGCUCAGACUCACACCUCCAUUAUGCCAGCAUCACCCUGAGUGGACUGCAGCCAUACACUGAAUACACAGCUAGAGUACACUGUGCGGCAGCUCAGCAUUUCUGGAGGUGGAGUGAAUGGAGUGAAGCCCAAACCAUCAGAACAAUGGAAGCAACUCCAUCAGGGAAACUGGACAUUUGGAGAGAAAUAACACAAGUUCAGGGGGGGCGGAAUGUGACCUUGUUCUGGAAGCAAGCACCAGGUUUUCGAGCAAAUGGAGGAAGUAUUUCAUAUGAAGUAACCUGGGAAAAAGAAGAAGGUGGCUCUAAGCUUGAACGCAUGUCCUUUUCAUCAGCCUGCAAUAGCACAAGGAUUUCUAUUGAUAAUCAUUCCUACAGAGUCAGUAUCAUGGCAAAGAAUGAUGUUAAUUAUUCACUUCCUUCAGUAUUGAUCAUCCCUAGAGGCACUGAAGAAGAGCUCAGUGGUUCAGAGCUUCAAGAAGAACAGAUUAAUGGUACAGAUGAUGGCAUUUUUAUUUCCUGGGAGCCCAGACAUAUGUAUGACAGUUACAUUAUCGAUUGGUGUAACUUUCCGACGUUGCAGCCUUGUGAUUUGCAGUGGAAGAGAUUCAGGCCCAACACCUCCAGUGCUCUGAUCAACUCAGCUGCUUUUGUUCCAGGGGUGAGAUACAACUUCCACAUCUAUGGAUCUGUUGGUAAUAGAGUCUCCUUACUGAAGAAGAAGACUGGUUAUCUCAGGGAGCUACCUCCUCUGUUUGACCCUAAGGUGGAAAAAGUUGAACUGACUUUCAAUGCAGUGACAUUAUCUUGGGAUUCUUAUCCCACAAAUGAGUCACAGUCUGGUUUUGUAAGAGGCUACCAUGUUUACGUGUCACCUAUACAAGAGGUCUGCAGUUUGCAAGGAUCCAAAAAGCAUGUUCUUCCAGAUAAUUCAGUGCUAUGUAAAUACACAAUUGAAAACCCAGAAGAAAAGAGAUACACUGUGGAACACCUCUUGUCAAACACAAAAUACAAACUAGCAGUUAAAGCAUAUACAGGUGGAGGAGAGACUCCCAUUGUGAACUUCAUAUACAUAGAUACACCAUUCAACUCAAACAUGCUGUACCUUCUAGUCUUGCUAGUGAUAGUUCCAUCACUAGUAGCAGCUAUAUGCCGCUGGAAAUUGAAUUGGGUGAAGGAGUGCUGCUGUCCUGUAAUACCUAGCCCUAAUAAGAGCAAAGUGCUGUCUUUCAAAGAGUUUAAGAAUGGUUCUGAGAAAGUAUUGAAAAUAAGUGACUGCAUUCCUGACAUGCUAGCAGUGGACAAUAAGGCUGAAACCCAGGAACUGCAUCCAUGGAGCCAGUUGUCUUCAGCACCAACAGAAGCAAAGACUGAUCACAAUUCUUCCUGGAUUUAUCCUAAUGAAAAUGAAGAGAGAGCCUUUACACACACACCUACACAUCAGACUCACACUUGGUUUGAAAAUUUUGCUUAUUCUUCUCAUUUUGCAGAUGAAUCUUGUCCCUAUCAAAUACCGGAGACACUAGAGACAGGCAAGCCAGAACUAUCAGUAGUGUUGUACCAGCCACACUACUACUUUGAUAUUUUUAAUGAAGAUGCUGCCUCAACACCCAGAGAAACACCUGGCAGAAAGACCAGUCUGAGGUAUAUUUCACAAACAGAUGUGCACUGCCUAGGGAGAAGGCUUUGAUGUACUCUUUUCCAUGAAGUCCAUCCAGUGUUCAUGUUACACAAUGUAUAUGAGAAUUUCUAAAACCACAACUUCUCUUUUUUCACAAAGGCUUUCACUAGCCCAGCUUCUGUUAAUGCUUCAGAGCCCUUGCUUCAGGGCUAGUACUAAAAAUACUGACUUUUGCAAUGGAAUGAUGGGUCCUAUGGUUUCAUCACAAGUUACAGGCAUUUUAUAAGAUGUACAGCCUGUUUCGUGAUCUUUAUUAUGUAGGAGGUUCGAUCAUAGCAGUGUCUCAUAGCCCGAUGCAAAGAACUACUGUAUUUUGAAAAGAUUAAAAAAAUAUUCAUAAAUUAGAGCAGCAAGUUAAACAAGCAGGUAGGUAUAUUUCACUUGCAGCAUUCUACCUGCCUUGGUCACUCCUGGCCAGUAUACAAACACUAGGCAACUUCAGAGUCUGCCUUAGCACAGUAAUAUUGGGAGGGUGGUGGGUUGUGUUUUCUCUUUCUCAAAUGACAUAAGGAAUCAACACGGAGGGGCUACCUGCAUUCAGUGUGGUGCAUUACUGGAAGAUUAGAAGGAACUUUGCCCGGAGUGUUACUGUGUGCACCAAAAUCCAAUGAUCUUCCUGCUUUUAUUUCAUCUGUCUUCCGCACUUGGUGGGUAAAUGACCAUAGGAAACAGAUCUUUAUAGUUCAGGACCUUGUUAGUGGGCUGCCACUCCCAUUUCUGGUAACUGGGGUUCCCUGCACUUCUGCCUUCUCUGCCUGGAAGAAUGACCCUUUGGAGUCCUAAACAAAAUCAUCUUAACUAAGCCAAGAAAUGUAGGGAGUCAAGUAGAAAAUAACUGUUUUUCCAGCAGGACAGCUGUUUGCAGAGGUGUUACCAUGGCACCAUCUCUCCGCUUGGGUACAUGAACUUAACAUCUGGCAUUAACCUCUGCACUUGUAUAGCAAGCCCUGAACAACCACGUAGGCAGGCUCAGUAAUUGGACACAUUUGUGAAGAACAUCAUAUUCAGGCUGCGUAACAGCUAAAUCUUCCAACAUAACUUGUGCAUGUAUUAUAAAAGAACCCAAACAAACCACACAAACUUCCUUCAGCUAGAGAUGAAAGGCAUUGCUGUGAUUUCAAAACUCAGCCAAGACAUUCCUCUUGCAACCAUACUUUUUGUCUUGCAAUAUUUGCAGAAAGAUGAGUUGAGUAACAUAGAUUUUUAUUGUAACACUCAGAAUCCCUAUGGUAGGUAGCUAUGAAUUUGGUCUUCCAUUUUGAUUUUUAAAAAAUGUACUUUUGUAAUGGAGCAGAAUAGUUGGAAUUGUAUCUGAAAGUCUCAGAUUAACCUCCUUGGUGCAAAAGGAGCCCUUUAGUUUCGCCAAAUUAUGCUGCUGUUUGGAAUCUUUCACAAAUUGGAGCAUUGAACUUAGAGCACCCAAUAAUCAGUUCUCAAAAGGAAAAAAAAAAAAAUCAAGUGUUUUUUACAAUUUGAUCUUCAGCUCAUUUGUUAAAACACAGUUUUAACUAGCUAAUCACACUUCCUAAAAACGAAGCAGCUGCAGGCAGAAAUGAGUUUUGAUACUGAACCACAUCUAGGUUUUAUACUGUUGCUUGUAGAUAUUGUUGUAAUGUCCAUGAGCUGUGUUACAACAGGGAAACCAACACCUUAUGUAGACUUUGGCUGAGAUGCUUUGGCUGUCAACAUGGAGAAGUCUUGAGGCAGGUGAAGGUGAGGUACAAAAAAAAGCUACAAGCACACAGAUGGCUAACUGGAUGGCAUUCAGUCAACGCACACUGUGCUGUGUUCACGUGUCGGUUGCACACAAGUUUACUUAAAUAGGAAAAAAAAAAUCCAGUUGCUGUCUUUCAGCCAGCAGAGUA